GGGCAUCAGUUUCCACAGUGAUCUUUUUUUUAGGAGAAGGGGUGGUAGGAUGAAUAUGGUAAAAAAGAGGUGAAAAAUGAAUUUGCUUGGAAUUGUUGCAAGCCAUUCGUAAUAACCUUAUAAUUUUGUUCUUUCUCACUUUUGCUAAAGACCAAAAAACAAGGUGUGAUGACAAUCCAAGAAAAUAGGCUGUGUCAGUACCAAGCCCCAAAAAAGUUUGCUCAAGUAAAUUUUACCCUAGGAGUUUGUCCAUCCAGGAUAUGCUAAAACUUGGGAAAGUCAUCUCCAAGAAAAGUUCCACUAUCAUUAGCAUCUAUAAGUUUGAUUUUGAACACAUGCAAUGGUCCAAUGUACCAGUGGAGGCAGAAUUCUUGGUAGCUGAGACACCAUUCGCUUCUGGUGGAUUCCGACAAGCUUUCAAGGCCACUAGCAUAACAGAGAGAUUCAAAGAAGUGACAUGGGUUGUCAAGAAAUACCUCAGGAGUGCCUCGGAAAUAAUUAAAGCAACACAAGAAACUGAAGAAAGUCACACAAAGAAGUCAGUGCAAAUGCAUUACUUGGCCCGCAAUUUUGCAUCCCAACUGAAGGAACAAAUUGAAAAAGAGCAGCUGAUGGAGUUUGGCCCAACAUUUGAAUAUAAAAAGGUAUUCAUGGGUAAGACAGACAGUGGGGAGUUCGUUUCAAUUGAAGAGUACAUUGACGGUGAUUUUAUUAAGUACAUAAACAAUAAUGGUGAAGUAUGUGAAAAGGGUACAGUUUGUGACAAGGCACAGGCCUUUGUCCACUUUACUUAUGAGAACUCUGAGGGAAAGCUUAUUGUUCGUGACAUUCAGGGUGCUGGGUACACAAUAUAUGACCCAGAAAUUGCAACGUUAGAUUUACUAACUGAUGAUGGUACAUACCAAUUCUGUACUGGGAAUUUGUCUGUAAUAGCCAUUGUUCCGAACUGAAAUUUUGUGUUCAUUUUGUGUAAGGCGCGUUGCCUAUUUACCGAGUGGAGACUAGGUCCGAGUGAUGACAUGUUGUAAACG